AGCUCAGACUUCUGAGUUGCAGUUUCAGGUCAGUUUAUGUGAAGUGAGUCGAGAGCUGACGCUGACAGUGUAAUGGGAAGCAGCCUAUCGGGUGAGAUUGAAGAGACAGAGCAGAAGGGCUGUGAAGAGUUGCAAACUUCAGCCCCCCCUGCGGAUUGUGCUCAGUCGUCUUGCCCUGCUGCUGGUGAUGGCAAGGCUUUGCAGACUGCAACUGUUGAUGUGGUGUCGGUGCCCACUGUAGACAGUCCAGACUCCAAGGCCCAGCUGCAGCCAGGGACAGUGGAGACACCAUCAGAUACUCCUGUUCCUGCAGAGCCCGAAGAGGAAGCCGCACCAGACUCACAAGUGGGUCCUGACCGAGAUGGAGCUCGCUCGCCACAGGAUGCUCGACCACAGCGUGAACUUCCCCCUGAAUCGGAGACUGCAGACCUGGAUGGACGGCAGGUACCUGGUCAGCUUCAGAACUCCGAGGCCAACACCAAGCGAACCCUUGAGCAGCAGAUGUCGUUGAAGCCUGGUGAUGACGAACGUACGGAGAUUUCCAAGAAGAUUUCGUGGAUUCUUCGUCAUGGGGCAAAGAAAGUGAACGUCAACAUUGACGAAUUUGGAUGGGUCAAUGUCACUGACCUGUUGAGUUCUGAUAUCCUGGGUGGAACCACCGAGGAUAAGCUUCUUGCCAUGAUUAACGAGUCGAAUGUGCAGAAGACGCGCUAUGAGAUGGAAGACGAUCCAAAUGGUGGCAAGCGCAUUAGGGCCAUCAGCAAGAGCCGGCGCAAUCUGUACGCAAGGGAACUGAGGGAGAAGGAACGGCGCGAGAGGGAUAAGAAACGAGAUGAAGAAGCGAAAGAGCGCGAACAACGAGAGCGCGAAGUGUCAGUGCGCGAAGCCGAUGUUGUGCUGACACCUGAUGCUGACCCCUGGAUUUCACGAGAAGUUCGCCGCAGAGACGAUACACGCGGCUGGUGGGAACGCGAAGAUGGUUGGCAGGACGGUCCAACUUACGAGCAGCAGAUCAGAGAUGGCUUUCUACCUGUGUGGCAAGGCAGCAGAUUGGUGGCAAUGGCGAAGGAAAGUCAAACCGUGAGACCUGGAAGACGAGCUGCCUUCAUAGGUGGAAAGGGCUUUGAUCAUGGAAAAGGUCACGAGAAUGGCAAGGGCUUGGGCGAAAAAGGUGACAGCAAAGGUGACAGCAAUGGCAAAGGAUAUGAAUUUAAAGGUGAUGCCAAAGGUGAACGCAAAGGCAGAGGGAAGGACGAUCAUUUUCAGAAAGGCAAGGAUGGCAAAGGCAAGUUUGGCGAAGACGGCAAAGGCUUUCAUGGAAAGGGUGAUGGCUUCAAGCAUGAUGGCUUCAGACAUGAAACGAAAGAAGAGGAGCAUCCAGUCGAGGUCGGCAAGGGCGGAGGAGGAGGUGGUGGAGAUCGCUAUGGACGGGGCUCGAGGCAACAACGCUGGCGAGCUGUCAAUGACAGAGACAUCAUUGUGCGAGUUGGAUUGGGCAUGGAGACCGAUAUUGUUGGAACGCUGUUGGCCGGUUCUCUCGUGGCGCAAGUGGGAGAAGACAAGAUGCUGAAAAAUGGCAUUGCACGGAUGUUCAUCGAGUCGAUCGAGCCCAUUCCUGGGAUCAAAGGCUGGGUGACAAGGAGUGCCGAAGCUGCGGGUGGGCCCGUUUUCUUCAAGCCUGACCGUGGCAGCAGCUACAUCAGGGAGCCACGCGGCAAAGAAGGGAAAGUCGGCAAAGGCCAAUAUGGAGGCGAGAAAGGCGAGAAAGGGAGAAACGAAGCUAAGGGCAAGGGUAGAAGACCUGUUGGAGAAGGGGACGCAGCCACGGGAGGAGGACGGUUGAAUCAACCUACCGAUGAGCAACCAUCUCCACCCGUGGCUGGUACUGCUGAAAGUUCCUGAUGCUUGGUCUGUAGCUAGCUGCCAUAUGAGGAGGGAAUAACCCUCUAUCUAAAUGCAGCGGAUCAGACUGUGAACUGCAGCCCUUCA